ACGCAGGGAAUCUUAUACCUCACGGCUUAAGAAAUGGCUUCGCUUUCAGAAUAUGCACUGCGUAUGUCUCGUCUAAGUGCCCGGAUCUUUGGUGAAGUGGCCAGGCCUACCGAUUCAAAGUCCAUGAAAGUGGUGAAUAUGUUCAGGGAGCAGCCCUUGGCCAAAAAGAAAGAGACUUACGACUGGUAUCCAAAUCACAACACGUAUUUUGCACUCAUGGGCACACUCCGUUUCCUUGGCCUCUACAGAGAUGAGCAUCAGGAUUUUAAGGAUGAGCAAAGACGUCUAAAGAAGCUCCGUGGAAAGGUGAAACCAAAGAAAGGAGAAGGGAAAAGAGCUACAAAAAAGAAAUAGUAUCAGCUUGUCAAGAAAGAAAAUUUCUUCCUCGAUGACUAAGAAAGUGUAUCUCGUUAUCUUUUCAUAUAUUAGAGGAACAUGACCUUCCUCAGUAGACACCAACCCUGUGUUCACAUCUACUUCAGUUAAACUGUAACUGGUUUUUUGAAGAUAUUCUUAUUCUUCAAAAUUAUACUUACUUUGGUUUUGUAAUAUGAAGUUUACCUAAUUCUC